AUGAAAAACCAUUUGCUUAUCGUAAAUGUGAAUGAAAUGGACCUAAUAAUUGAAAAAAAUAAUUAACAAGGAGCACUAUGGCUAGGCAAUCUAAGAGCUGCUUAAAAUAUUACAAAAUUGAAAGAAAACAACAUCAAAACAGUGAUAACAGUAGCCAAUAACCUAUUUAUAAGUUUUAAGCAGAAUUUAAACAUACGACACAAAGUAUAUCUUAUUAUGAAAGUCAGAUUUUUAAGGUUGAGGAUUCAGAAAAAGCUUAAAUCAUCAAUCAUUUUGAAGAGAUCAACAAUGAGAUUCUAAAUGGAUUAAAUCAUGGCUCUGUUUUAGUACAUUGUGUUGCAGGGAUUUCAAGGUCAAGUGCAUGUGUAAUUGCCUUUAUUAUGAAAACUCAUAAAUGGACUUAUGAAAAGACGUUUUAUUAUGUAAAAGAGAAAAGACUAGUUAUCAACCCUAAUAGAGGCUUUAAGAAAUAACUUAUUCAAUAUCAUAAUAUACUAGAGUCAGAAAUAAAACCUAAAGAUAAACCCUUCGUAGAAUGUGAGGGUUACUAAUUAGGAAAGAUAAAUUCUUGGAGCAAAUUGCAUAAAAAAAAUGUUUAAAAUCCACAGGAAUUAAUCAAAUAGCUAUCUUAAAAUUUGAUUAAAACUCCUGUGAAAAAGAUUGACUAAUUAAAUCGUACUUCAACUCCAGAAGAAAGGCAAAUCUAUCGAUAAUAAUUAGCAAAAAAAUUAUUUGUUAAUACUUUUGCAAAUAAAAGUACUGCUUCAAUCUCACAUUAUUCAAAUGAUAAUUCAGUUCUAAAAUAAAAAUCCUCUGAUUAAUAGACAGUUAAAAUCAAAGCUUUCCUAAGCAUGUACAAAAAGGUAGAUAUGAGUGACAUGCAAUCCGAAAGAAUUAAUUUUGAAAAUUACUCAUAAUGA